AUGCUUCGAGAAAGACGACAACAAGAGAGUGGUGGGAGCAGGAGACAUCACAAAUACAAAUCCAACGAACACAUCGCGCUUCCUCCGAAGUCCAGGUGGCGGUUCGCGUCGGUGAUUCUGAUCUGCAUCGGCACCGCCUCGGGACACAGUCUAAUCCUCUCGGCGCCGUUCACCACCACCAAAACCACCGGAGAAGAACUAGUUUCUCCCACUCCCAAGAUGGGUGAAACUUGGAAACCAAAAACCACAAUCCCAAUCAUCGAGAAGGCCAAGGUGACCCAGUGUCCUCUUUCCUAG